AAGCAGUGUUAUCCAACGCAGAGUUGAAUGUCAAAGAGGAAGAGCUUGAAUAACCAAACAAUGCUUGUCUGUGUAAAAUUUCAUACAUUUUUGAUAUUAGCCGUUCGUGUAUUCAGAUAUUUGUAGUAAAGAGAAGAUUUGCACAUCGAAAAUGAGAGAGCGCGUGUAUAUUUUACAAGUUAUUGUUGGUUUUCUCGCGACAAUAAGCAUAAACUGCGACGAUAUUUCCUCCAGUGUUCAGGUGAACCCGGCUUACGAUGAACUCUUUGCUGACGCCAUGCGCCUCUAUAACAAAGAAGAUUGGGAGAAUGCACUUGCGAAAUUCAACGAGGCCAUCGAAGAUUGGCAAAAUGAAAGAAAAUACACGAUUGAGUGUCAACAGAAAUGCAAGAACGAUUUUAAAACGCGAACUGAAUCGUAUUCAAUAGAAUACCUUCGCUACCUGAGCUUCAAGAGAAACUGCACGAGUGCCUGUAUGCUGGGAAAGAUGGGAAACAGACUUGAAGUUUCCAAACACGUACGCCGUCGGUUCGAUGACAGAAUUCCUUACAGCUACAUGCAGUACGCAUAUCAUAAGCACGGUAAUAACAGAAUGGCAGUACAAGCAGCGUCCACCUAUCUCCGUUUGAAUCCGACUGAUGAGCAGAUGAAAGACAACAUGAAGUACUACGGAGAUCUGCCGGAGUUACAGGACAUUGUGUUCGAUGACAUUGAAAGCUUGGCUCCCAUAGAGCAUCACGAGCUGUACGAGAAAGGUCGCAGGGCUUAUAACGCAAAAGAUUGGGAGAAGUCUGUUGAAUAUUUCGAAGAAUCCAUCAAAGAGUACACCAGAGCAUAUAACGAGUGUAAAUGUCUCUGCGAGGUAGAGGUGGACGACAGGCAACAGUAUAUAAGAGGGGGCAUCUAUGGAUAUCACAUGCAGUUGUUGUUAUGUACCCUCGACUGUCCAAGAAAAUUAUCAAUGAUGUUCAACUAUCCCCAAGAGGGAUACUUAAGCAAGCAAUACGACUUCCUUCAUUUCUCGUAUAUACAACUUGGUCGUCAAGACGACGCGUUGCCAUGUGCAGUAACAACCGUUAUGUUAAAUCCUCUCAAUGACCGAGUGCGCUCCAAUCUCGACUAUUACGAAGGGAAAGGCAUCGCCACUGACCAAAUAGCACCGCGGGAGGAAGCGAAAUAUUUUUACGAAGACAUCAAAUCUCAAAUGGAGCUGCUGUUUGAAGUCAAAGCGUAUUUGCUCGACUUGGAUGAAGAAUACAAAGGGACAGAGGAUCUUGCCGAUACAACUUAUGAGACAUUUCAGAAGACUGGUCAGUACCCAGAUGAGAGACCACCAAGCAAUGCGGAGGAAGAGCAGUCUAAAAACGAGGAAGAAUUCAAGGAUGAGCCUUAUAAACGAUUUCCAUCGCCAGCCAAAGAAACUAUCGAAAAAUUUUUACAAGAAAACGAGCGCUUUCAGGAUGCCAAACUGACGAUGUUUGAAGGGGAGCUAAACGGAACGUAUCGUGUGGUGUUCGAUGGUUUAGCGAGCGAAGAUGAAUGUAAAAAACUCACCGAAUUAGGAAUGACACUGGGUCACGCAGGUGAUGGAUACAAGGAUAACCCUAGUCCUCACACGAAAAAAGAGGAAUUUUUAGGGGUAAAUGUGAACAAUGCUACGUGGGCUGCAGCAAAAGGUGACACAAGCUUAGAGAAAGCUGAACUGUACAUGAAUCUGAGUGAAAAAGCGCGAAUUAUAACUGAGGCAUACUUUCGACUAUCGACACCACUUUACUUCAGUUAUACACAUCUGGUCUGCAGAAGAGCCCGUUCAGAGCAACCAUCCAAGGGCAUUCACAUCAGCCACCCCGUCCAUUCGGACAACUGCAUUCUGAAACAUAAUGGCGAAAACGUCACUUGUCGCAAAGAGCAUCCGGCUUAUACGUGGAGAGAUUACAGCGCUAUUCUUUACCUGAAUGAUGACUUCGCCGGAGGGCAGUUUGUCUUCGCGGGAAAAAAUCAAACCAUCGAGGCAAUUGUGAAGCCAAGAUGUGGACGCAUGGUGGCAUUUUCGGCUGGUUUCGAAAAUCUACACGGAGUUCUAGGAAUUAAGCAGGGCAUUCGAUGCGCUUUACCCAUCUGGUUCACGCUUGAUCAGCGCUACGACGAGAAACAAAGAUACGACGCGGCCAAAAUCUUAGACAAUUUACGAAAGGAGGCGAAUACGCAAAAAAAAUUAACAGAGGAUCACAAAGAACUGUAGAUAAGCAUUACAAUGUUGGCAUCUAUAUCGUAUUAUGAGAUGGCAGCAGGCCAAAAACGCUAGGAAAAAUUUUUAUGAUUAAAACAACCCAAAAGGCGAAAAUCCUCUCGAGAAAAUUCGCACUCGGAGCGUUAAACAUUCAAUAGUUCAGAGAGAGGAUUAUUGUAAGGAAGUUUUACACUAUCGAAAAAUACUUUGUAGAAUUAUCAGUUUUUAUCACAAACCAUUUGUCAUAUGUCGGACUUGUCCAGAAAAAAAAACCUUAAGAGGAUUUAAAUCAUGGCGACGCACGUCCAUUUAUUUAUCUCGUGAAUAAAAAAACGUCUCGUCUGACCUACUUGGCUGUCAAUUUUGUCGACUUCACCUGGUUGAAUAGAGUGUUCUUGAUCACUUGCGACAUGAGUCCGUGGAUUGAUUCGAUUGUAGUCUUCGAGCUGAAAAAUUAAUCGGCUUAUGAGAUUGGAAUGUGGAGAAUGCAUAGUCGGGAUGGGAAACGACAAAUUAAAGUUUUUACGAAUUUUUGAAUUAAACUGCUUGACGAUACAAAAUAUCUAGCUAAAUAUCGGUAAAUGUAUAUUCGCUUUUCAAUAAAUACGCAUAUUAACGAA